ACACGAUUUUAAAUGUUCUAUGGGAAAUAAUUGUCGGUGUCGGAGGGGAGAGAAUCGUCCGUUGGUAUCCAUCUCGCCGUCAAACCGCUUGCAUAGCGUUACCGGUCACUCAGCAACAUGGUGCCCUCGGAGCGAGCCGCGCACUACAGUGCCACCGCGAUCCUCAAACGCCUCUCCUUACAAUCGUAUAGCACGUAUUCCUUAGUACGUAUACCCUCGCAUUCAUUCAUCGCCGCCCUAUAUCCGCCCUGAGACGCGUCGCGCUGUAAAUAGUAUCCGCCCAUCAGUAUCACUCGAGACGAGUCGUGUUCCCCGCGGAUCUUAGUCACCAGUUACGUCUCUCGUCUAUCUGUCACGGGACGCUUGCUCGCUCUCCUAAUAAAUUAGUAUGCGGGGAUACGAAACGCGAUGUUCGGUUCACCGCAAUUACCAGAGAAAAAGACCAGUGAUAAUGAGUACGUUCAUAUCCGAUGUCUCAUUGCUAACUUACACAAACCUAGGAAUGUGUCUCGGCCACCCGCGUCUUUGGAGUCCGUCCUGGAGACGGGAACACCGUCGGACAGAGAGUGCAGUCCCUCCGCUUCGGAGAUAUCGGAUAAAACUAUUAGGUCUGAACAUUCUGAUACAGCACAAGUGAGUGGUGGAGAAGAGGAACCGCCGACGCGUCGAGCUAAAAGCAACAGCAUCGCGGUAGCUACUCUGAUGCCACCGUCGAUACACAACAAGAAACGGCGACCUUCCUUUCUGCACUUGAACGUCGGGGGCGGUAACGAGCAUUUCGGCCCGUUCAGCGCGGGGACGCAUCUCAACGUGCCGCGCUUCACGGUGACGGCGCCCCCAGGGGAAGGCCACGGCCGCCGCCUCAGUCAUGGAUUCCCGUUUCAUGGUUUUGCUCUUCGUCGCCACUCUAACAUGAGCCUCCAUCGCAGCGAGUCGAUGGUGUCGCUUGCGUGCUUCAAAACGCUCUCCCAGCUGAUCAAUAACGAUGGCAACGAAUUGCAGAACUUCCUCGCCGCCAACAAAAACAUCAAUGUCGACGACAGAGACGAGAAUGGUUCGACGGCGCUCAUGUGUGCGAGCGAGAAGGGCCGUGUCGACGCGGUGCGGCUGCUCGUUGGCGCGGGCGCGGACGCGUGCGCUGCGGACACGGACGGAUGGACACCGCUAGCGUUCGCGGCGCGCGCGGGUCACCUGGCCGUCAUCAGGGAGCUUCUGGACGCCGGCGCUGUAGUGGACUCCAGGGAUUGUGGAAACUGGACACCUCUUAUGUGGGCUGCAUACAAGGGACAUGAAGAAAUAGUUGGUUUGCUGUUGGAGAAAGGUGCUGAAGUACAUGCACAUGGGAACUUUAAUAUCAAUUCGCUAGUAUGGGCGGCGGGACGGCACCACAGCGGCGUGGUCGCGCGGCUGCUGGCGGGCGGCGCGCGGCCCAACUCGUGCGACAAGUACGGCACGUCCGCGCUCACGUGGGCGGCGCGCGCGGGCGACGCGGCCGCGUGCGGCGCGCUGCUGCGGGCCGGCGCCGACCCCAACACCUCGGGCAUGUACUGCUGGACGCCGCUGCUGCAGGCCGCGCAAGGUAACCACUUCGAAAUCGUCCAAAUGCUACUCGAAUACAAGCCCAAUGUGAACGCUUUAGACAAAGAUGGGUGCACCGCUCUGGCGAUAGCUUGUAAGGAGGGAUUCUAUGAUAUCGCAUUGGCACUUAUUAAUUCCGGUGCUUAUAUUAAUGUCCAGGAUCACUCGAAAGACACACCACUUAUACAGGCAGUGAAGGGCGGAUAUAAGAACAUAGUGGAGGCUCUGUUAAAGAAACACGUAGAUGUAGACCUGCCAGGGAAAGAGAAGAAAACCCCAGUGUACACCGCGGUGGAAAAGGGCCAUGUGGCCAUAUUGAAAUUGCUUUUAGCUUCAAAUCCAGAUCUAGAACAUUGUACUAUAACAGGUGACACGCCAUUGCUGCGCGCAGUGCGGUCUCGUAACGCGGAAAUGGUGGCUCUCUUGUUGGAGCGCAAAGCACGAGUCAAUGUCGCUGACAACCGCGGGGAUACGGCCUUGCACGUAGCUAUGCGGGCGCGGUCUAAGCAUAUAGUUGAAAUACUCUUAAGGAAUCCGAAGAAUAGUCAAUUAUUAUAUAAGCCAAACAAACAGAAUGAGACGCCAUACAAUAUAGAUAUGAGUUACAACAAGACAAUACUGGGGCAAAUAUUUGGGGCACGCAAAUUGAAUACGAAUGAAGAUAAUGAGAAUAUGUUGGGGUAUGAGUUGUAUAGUGCAGCGUUGGCAGACAUGUUGUCUGAGCCGAGUUUGUCCGUGCCAAUAACAGUGGGAUUGUACGCGCGAUGGGGAUCCGGGAAGUCGUUUUUGCUCAAUAAACUUAAAGAGGAGAUGAAGAAUUUCGCGCGGCAGUGGAGCGAAACAGGCUGGUCGUGGUCGUGGGCGGUGUGGUGGGGCGCGUGGCACGGCGCGCUGGCUCUCGCCGCGCUGGCCGCCGCGCUGGGCGCGCCGCCGUACGUCGCGCUCGCGCUCUGCUUCGCGAUAUUCGCCGCUAUGUACCUGGCGCUGUACGUGCUGUGGUACUGCGGGCACAGGUACGAGUGGUGGUGGACUGCCGACGUGCUGUCCGCGAUGGGAAAGCGCUUCAGUUCACUGCUGCUAGUGCUACAAGUAGUAUUUUGCCAUCCGCCAGGACCUAACGACCCAAGAGCCCUUCCUGCUACUCCUAUAAGAUUCCACUUUACGGAAGGCAUGAAGAGCGGCGGUGGGCAAGAGAGCGAAGCAACCCUGGUGCAAAUGCUAGCUAGUCUUGCGGAGGCGCUCGAAACCCAAUACGGACGUGUUUGCACGAGAUUGGCCCGCGCCUUCCGGCCAAGACCUGUGUCCUCUACUUCAGGUUGGAGGUGGCGACGGGCGUGCUGCAUUCCACACAUAGUAACGUUUGAAAUCAGCUUUACGUGCAUUUUAUUGGGGCUGUGUAUUCUUGUGAUAUACCUCACCGACACGGAUGCAGACGCAUCGCGCCGCGAAGUCCAACAAUGGUUGAUGAUAGCGGCUUGUGCUGUGGGUGGAGCGCUAGUGCUAGCGAACGCGUGCACAGCCGGGCGGGCGCUAGCUGCGCUGGCCGUGCCGCCCCGCGCGCGCCUCGCCCGCCGCGCCCGCCGCGCGCACCACGCGCACGUGCUGGCGCUGCGGCCGGAGGUGCAGGCGCUCACACACACGGUGUCUUGUCUGGACGCAUUCACGGGCCAGCAAACCCGUCUAGUGGUGGUCGUGGAUGCCCUGGACAGCUGCGAACAAGAGAAAGUGCUAGCUCUACUGAACGCCGUGCAUGCGCUGUGUUCCGACCCCAAGAGCCCCUUCAUACUACUGCUGGCCAUCGAUCCGCAUAUUAUCAGUAAGGCAGUAGAAAUAAACAGUCGCCGCGCGCUGUCCGAGAGCAACAUCGGCGGGUGGGACUACCUCCGCAACAUGGUGCAGCUGCCCUUCUACCUGCAGAACUCUGCACUACGCCGGGUCAAGAGCGCACAGCAGUCUGCCGCUAAACGCAUGCAGACUAUCGCGGCUGAUGACUUCUCUACCUCGCUGCAACGCUCCGUAUCAGCACGUCGUCUCUCAUCCACCUCCGAGCUGAUGUCCAGCCAGGAGCGCAUAAAGACACAAGCUACCAAAGAGAGUGUCCGUCGUCUCCGCCCGUCCGAGUCGAUCGCGUCGUCAGUCGCGUCCGGGCUGCACCGCGCGCCGGUCGCGCCGGCCGGAGCUGCGGACCUCGGCCGCGUGCUGCUGACGGACGAUUACUUUAGUGACGUCAAUCCCAGGAGCAUGCGAAGGUUGAUGAACGUGCUGUAUGUUACCGGGCGUUUAUUAAAAGCAUUUCAAAUUGAAUUCAACUGGUACCAGUUAGCGUCAUGGGUGAAUCUCACUGAGCAGUGGCCGUUCCGCACCUCAUGGAUCAUCUAUCAUCAUGAGACAUACGAAGAGCAUAUAGAUGACUCGACUUCGCUUAAACAUCUUUAUGAUAAGGUUAAACCCCUCAUGAGUGGUCUCCGUGAAGCCGGAACACUUAUGGAGCUCGAUCGCGAUGAACGCAAGUUAGAAGUCUUCUUGAGCUUCCACCGCGCCACGCUCACAGCUGCAGACCUUAAGAUAUUCUUGCCUUUUACUAUCAACCUGGACCCGUAUAUAAAGAAGGUUAUCAAAGAGGAACACUUACAGUCGGGCAUAGAAGAGGACUUAGGUGCGGGUGGUGCGGCGCCGUAUCACCCAGCGUCACAUAGCAGGCAUCUGCAUUCCAAGCUUUUACUAAGGAAACAGAAAGUGCAGCCCGUAGCUCCAACACCCCAACAGCCAGCCCAGCAGUGGGCGGCGUGGGCCCAAACCAGCGGGAACACCUUGUCGCCCCCGCAGGCCCCGCCCACACCGUACCAACCGAAUCAGAUGCCUGUGGUCGCUGCGAACCCGUUGGUCUUGCUCAAAACAGCUUUUCCGGGGAUUGGCGACGUGUCGACCGUGCGGCUGUCGACGCUGACGGUAGAGCGCGUGUGCCGGCUGGUGCGCGACGCGCUGGGCGCGGGCGGCAUGGCGGCGGCCACCGCGCUGCAGACGCACCGCGUGUGCGGCCUCGUGCUGGCCGUGUGCCGCCUGCCCGACCUCAAGCCGAUUCUGGAUUUACCUUUUGGCGAUUGGGAGUUGUUUAAAAUGUUGAUAAUGAAUCUACGUGAACUGGAAUCCACUCUACCAACCACCACUCCAUCUGUCACAGUUAUACCAGAUAAGUUAGGCGAUGCAGAAACAGACUCAGUGAAACCUAGACCAGUACUCGAACACCAAAGAAGCCGACAAACUAAUGUGGAAAAACAGCCUUAUGCGGAAUAUCAGGUGACGCUCGAAGAGCAGAUGAUAUGCGGCGCGCUGCAAACGCUGAACGAGGAGGCGAUGGAGGACGUGCUGCACUCGGAGCCGUCGCACCCAGGUGAGCCGCACCUGCGCCCCGUCCGCGAGCUGGCCGCGCGCACCACCCCCACCUCCUCCACGUCCCCCUCGCGCUCCCCCUCCCCCUCCCGCUCGCCCGCCCCCGCGCGCCCCGCCUCCGAGGAGGAGCUGCGCCGUGACGUCAUCGUCAACAUGGCGGACGACGUGUUCCUCUGAGCGGCCGUUGACCCGCGCCCAAACGGUUGUGCCCGUCUUCCCAGUCUUCCCGCCGAUUCCGCCUUGCGUUCACUGCGCGUAGGACGUAGGAGUUGCCGCGUUAACCUUAUGUAACUCUGUACGAAACGGGAUCCAUUUUAAUUUUGUCUAAAAAGUUUUAAAUUAAGUAUAUGGUUUUAUUUGUAUUCACUUUUCGAUUAAUGGUUGUCACAUUUUUGAUGAUUGGCCGUGGAUCCGAAUUCGAAUGGAAUUUUGCUUACUAUUUAAUAAGCGAUUUUAUUUUUGUGCCAAACCGCAUGCCACUUUGAGUUAUUUACGUACAUACAAUGUACAAUGUUUGUGCUAAAAUUUUUAACAUCAAAUAAAAUUAUACUGUAAUCAAAGAAGAACCAGGAAUUUAAAUGUAUACGUUCUAAUAAAUUUAUAAAUCAUAUAAUAAAAACUUUAUUUUUUAAAUGAAAUGUAAUAACUAAAAUUGUAACUUCGUUAGAGAUUGUAAAGUAGAAUCACUAUUUUUUAUAUAAUGUUGUUUUGUGAUACUUAAAAAGUACUUAAACACUUAAAAUCUGCCAAACACACUUAUUAAUACUGUUAUUUCUCAGCUUAUUUAUCACAAUAAAUGCAUGUAAUUUGCUUAGUUUAAGUAGUGAAAUUUUCAACAAAGCUUCGUUUAAUUCAUUUUGCAAUGUUUUUGAAGCAUUCCUAUUAAUUUUAAGUAUUACGUAGUAAGUUAUUAGUUAAAAAUUGAUUCAAAUCGGCUGUGCUUCAUUUAGUGAAACGUGCAUGCUCUAAGCACUACACAAAUUAAUAUUUAAGAAACAUUAAAAUAUCCCGUUGUGCCAUUGUAAAAUACAUUUACAUUAAAUGAUUGUAAUAAUAUACAAUGCAAUUUGAAAUUUUUCGUUUUAAUUUUUUUUAUUGUAUACUCGAUAUGACAAAAUUUGUAAUAACAUAUUAUGAUGUACAUCAUUUAUUGUAUAUCGUCGUGAAUAUUGAUUAUCCAGUAGCCGCACUAGCUUUAACUUCGAAUCGUAAGAAACUCGUCGGUCGAGCCGACUGUCGCCUUCCCUAGUAUUAGUCGCAGUAGAUCUGUAUUCGCAUACAUAUCAUACGGUGUUUUAGCGUAGUACAAUGGAUCUUCCACGAUUAUCAUUCCAAUCGAAAUAUUUAUUGAAUUUGGAGAAAAUAAAGAGUGAAAAUUUAA